AGGUCCAUGUUUCACACCGGAGCAUCAUUGAAAACACACUCGAAUGGCACCGACGACGCUGUAGUCCGGUUCUUCUUAUCAGUAGUGUUUUGGACACAGUUUUGUGUCUUAUUGAGCUCAGAAAUGUCGAUAUUUACGCCCACGAACCAGAUCCGGCUGACCAACGUGGCGGUGGUUCGGAUGAAGAAAGGAGGGAAGCGCUUCGAAAUCGCCUGUUACAAAAACAAAGUUAUGAGCUGGAGAUCAGGAGCAGAGAAAGACCUGGAUGAAGUCCUGCAGACGCACUCUGUCUUCGUUAAUGUGUCCAAAGGUCAGGUGGCCAAGAAGGACGAUUUGACCAAAGCUUUUGGGACGGAUGACCUGACAGAAAUCUGUAAACAGAUCUUGGCCAAAGGAGAGCUCCAAGUGUCAGACAAGGAAAGGCAGUCGCAGCUGGAGACCAUGUUCAGGGACAUUGCGACUAUUGUGGCGGAGAAGUGUGUGAACCCCGACACCAAGAGGCCGUACACGGUCAACCUGAUCGAACGGGCCAUGAAGGACAUCCACUACUCCGUCAAGGCCAACAAGAGCACCAAGCAGCAGGCUCUGGAGGUGAUCCGGCAGCUGAAGGAGACUAUGGAGAUCCAGAGAGCCCACAUGAGGCUGCGCUUGGUGCUGCCAGCCAAAGAGGCCAAGAGGCUGAAGGAGAAGCUGAAGCCGCUUCUGCAGGUGGUGGAGAGCGAAGACUUUGAUGAGGAGCUGGAAAUGGUGUGUCUGGUGGAUCCCGGCUGCUUCAGGGAGAUCGAUGAGCUGAUCCGCUGCGAGACUAAAGGCCGCGGCUCUCUGGAGGUCCUCAGUCUGAAGGAUGUGGAGGAGGGAGACGAGAAGCUAUAGUCAGUCAGCCGGCCAGUCGGUACCCUGCACCUUAUCCACAUUAACGCGCUUCACCAGGGCACACAAACCGCAGACCUCUGUAAAAGACUCUAUUAAUGCUCUGAUUCAUCCUAACUCCAGGCAUUCAUGUUGUUUACAUGAUUAAUUUGACAGAGAAAGGGAGUGAAAUGGAAUGUGUUUCAAAAAUAAGCUUCAGCACUUCACUAAAGAUCAGUAAAAACGUGUGAGCUGUUUUCACUUUAUUUAUUCCAUUUUUUCUUUUUCUUAUUUGAGACAAUUAGCAGAACAUCCGGAAAAGGUUGUUUCUGUUUUCCUUCAGCUUUUGUGUGCCAUGUUGUCAAUCUCAGCAUCCUGAUAUUAUGGAUCAUUACUUUAACCAGAUAAUUUAUAUUUUCUUUUAAUGAACACAUUUGCUGUGUAGCAAAUAAAUAUUAAAUAUUAUCGAAAAUCUU